CUGUGAGUGACACAGGCCCAGAGUGAAGUGGAAGGAGAUGUGGGUGAAUUGCAUUUUGAAGUCUGGAUUGCUGCUCGUCACUCUGUCUCUUGCUAUUGCUAGGCACAAGCAAUCUUCCGUCGCUAAAAGUUGUUACCCAAGGGGAACACUGUCCCAAGCUGUUGAUAUACUCUAUGUCAAGGCAGCAUGGCUCAAAGCAACAAUUCCAGAAGAUCGCAUAAAAAAUAUACGAUUAUUAAAAAAGAAAACCAAAAAGCUAUUCAUGAAAAACUGCAGAUUCCAAGAACAGCUUCUGUCUUUCUUCAUGGAAGAUGUUUUUGGUCAACUCCAAUUACAAGUUUGCAAGGAAAUACACUUUGUGGAAGAAUUUCAUAGCCUUAAGCAGAAAUUGAGGCGCUGUAUUUCCUGUGCUUCAUCAGCUAGAGAGAUGAAAUCCAUUACCAAGAUGAAAAGAACAUUUUAUGGGAUUGGAAACAGAGGAGUCUACAAAGCCAUCAAUGAACUGGAUAUUCUUCUUUCCUGGAUUAAACAAUUCCUGGAAAGCAUUAAGUAAUGCAA